AUGUCUAUAUCUUCAAGGAAGACUAAUAAUAAAAAAUCAAGAAACGUCGUUAUUAAUAAUAAAAGUGACAACCGCAAAAAAUCAAUUAGUGAUAAUGACGAAGAAAUCAAGACGAGGAGGACCAAAAAAGUGCUAACGCGACGUAAGACACGAAAAACGACGCCAGAAACGCAAGAGAAAGACGACGAAGACAGUUUAAUCUAUGACUAUAAUUUCAAUAAAAUGGAAAUAACUGCUUUUGCCUCAUUAAAUCAGCGACAGCACCAACACAGUAACUCAAGGUCAGACGACAAACAUCAAACAGAAUUAGAUGCUCUCUUCGAAGAAGUACACCACGCGUCAAAAGAGUUAUCAAAAAGCACUAUUGAUCAUAAACUUUUUAGUGUCAUCACAGAGGACGACGAAGACGAUCAUGACGAUAUUAUUACAAUCUUAGCGGGUGAUGAUAAAAAUGGAAACAAUAUCGAUAAUAAUGGUGAUAAUGGUCGAAAACGUCGAGCAUUGCAAGAUAAGACCAAUUGGGCACAAAACAAGAAUCACGAGGGCUCUUCUUCAAAGUUUUCUUUGGCAAGAGAAAAGAUGAAGGAGAAAUUAAAGAAUAAUGUAGACAUUGAAUCAUCAUCUACUGUUUCCAAAACCGACGAAAAGACGAACUUCGAUUCGCCAUCAUAUUUAGAUAACGACAGUAACUGGCAUCAUGAUAUUAAACCCAUGAAAACAUCAACACCCAUAGAAGGACAUGACAUCCCCGAGGAAUUGACUCUCUCUGAUGAUUUUCAAAUAGCAAAAAUAACAGCUAACCCGAAAGAAUAUAAUUUUUCUGAUGAAGAUCAAGAUUACUUUCCAAAGAAUAAAUAUAACUAUGACAAUAAUAGAAACAUAGGAAAAAAUCCAAUUACUGCGGAGAAUAGUAUUAACAUAAACGAUACAGACUCAUCCGACGAUCCAUUAACUAAUUUUAACGAACCACCACAAGCUGUACGUCGAGCCAAAAUUUGGAUGAGAGAAGAAAAAGUUCCAUUACCGGUAACAAUUAGCGAUGAUGAAUUCUUAUUCUAA